AGGAUUGUGAAGAUGACGAAGAGCAGGACCUCGAUGAAUCAGUAUUUGGUGACUGUGAAUAUGAGCAAGGUUAUCAACACGAUGACAGUGACAUUCGAGAAUCUCUGGGAGAAUGCAGUAUUCAAUAUUCAGAUCUUAAGAUCGGGGAGUGCGUCCGUGUAGGCAGAACAGCAAAGAUUUACCAUGGCAACUGGCACGGUGACGUCAUGAUUCAGUGCUACACAGAAACCAAUGAGGAGGAUGCACGUGACUUCUGGAACGAAGUGUCAAAACUGAGCAUGAUACGUCAUGAAAAUGUCACCCUUUUCAUGGGCGCUUCUAUCGAGCUUCCUAAUCUUGCAGUUGUCACGAGCGUCCUCAAGGGUCCAUCUUUAUACGAAACUACACAUGUUAAACAAGACAUUAUCCCCCUACAUACAAAAGUUCACAUCUUAAGACAAAUUGCUCAAGCCAUGGGUUACCUUCAUGCCAAAGGAAUCGUUUUGAAAAAGCUCAACUCAAAGAACGUAUAUCUCGAGUCAAAGGUCAAGGUCAGUGUGAUGGAUUAUGGGAUGGCCGAAAAGGUCAAGGACAAAGCUGGCUAUGGAUGUCUCCCAAAAGGUCACAUCACAUACAUAGCGCCUGAGGUUUUGAGAACAGCAUAUGUAGAUUCGCCUAGAUUAAUCACCCACCAUCAGUUCACCCACAGCUCUGAUGUUUAUGCAUUUGGGACUGUUGCAUAUGAAUUGCUAUCCAACCGUUUUCCUUAUGAAUCAGUGCCCAUAGAGUCGGUCAUCUGGCAAGUUGGGACCGGAAGACAACAGACUCUGGACCACUUGAAAUGCCCGCCAUCUUUAAAAAACCUGGUUGAAGAGUGCUGGAGCCACGAUAUUCAUAACCGACCAGAUUUCACUCAUAUUAAUAAAGAACUACAGCAAAAUUCAACAUUACAUAAACGCCAUAGCUCAUCGGAGCCAGAAAGACUUAACAAAUUGGCUCUCUCACGGGCGCACAGUCUCUUUCCUUAAGUCUCGAAUGAACUCACGCCAUUGUAACGAGAUUAGACGCAUAUUAAGAGGCACGAGUUUAGAGAAGCGACUCUGGAAUGUGGAAGCACCAGAACACAGUCCGUCCCCAUGAGGAAAGCUGUCUGAAAUUUAAACGAUACCCAUUGAUACUAUUAAUUAUAUCAUACUGAGUCGUCAAGGAAAGUUAACAUGCACUCAAAUGGCGAAUCAAAAUAAUUAUUUUAAUUUAUUACUCAUGUUGAGUGAAGUGUGUGCCAGAGUGCCAUAGUUUCAUGUUUAUAGAAACAAAAACAGAUAUUAUUAGUACAUGCUCAUUUGAAGUCGAGAAAUUGUAUACUUUUUAUUGUUUAAUGUCAAGGUAAUGUUGCAUUAAAUGCCAAGGUAACCCGUGUCAUAUCUUAUCUUAAUUAAAUGCAACUGACAUUCAGCCAUCAUUGUGACUUCACUUCAAGUUACAUUGAAUCCUAAAUGAAAAGACAUAUCCUAAUGACUAUAGAAUUUAAGCUUGGUUAUUAGAACAUCAAUUUAAUUGAAGGUUUUGUUUUGUACAACAUUCGAUUUUGAAGUAUAGUUGGUUUAUUUGACAUAUAAACAUGUUAUAAAAUAAAGGUAGAUUAUAUUUCUAAAGUAUUGGAAAUGCCAAAUGGGAUUGUGUCUCAGUAAAUACACAAAGAGUGCCUAGAAACAAAAUGUCUUCCCGUUAGCUUUACCAAAGAGUAGCGAAGAACCUUAUUUAAAGGUCAGUUUGUAUUUAAUGUACAUUAGUAACUUAUUUGUAAAAUAUGUAAAUAUCGUUUCAUAUUAAUUUAUUCAGUAUGUACCUAAAAUAUCUCCCUUCUGAGGGAUAUUUAUUAUUUAUUUCAAUUUGUGCUGCGUACAAGUGCAAAUUAUUGUAAUCAUGACAUUCCCCAUUUGCUCAUAACUUAUGCAAACAAUAUUGUAAAGUAGACUUUUUUAUAGGUAACUUGUAUUGAAAAUGACUACAGAUAAGAAAAUUUGAAAUGGAGAGAAAAAUGUAGGUUCAUGCUC